AUGUCUCCCAGGGGACCCCAUGCCACCCCACUGGUGAUGUUCCUGAUGCUGACCCUGAUGUCUUCCUGGAUGACCGUGGACGACAGGGAGUCACAAUACCAGGCGUUCCAGAGGCAGCACAUUGAUGAGCCCUCACACCCGCCAUUCAAUGAUGUCUACUGCAGCACGAGAAUGAAAUGCCAGUCGAUGACCACUCCUACAUGCAAGUCCUUCAACACCUUCAUCCAUGCAGAUUCAUCAACUCAGGAUUUCAAAGUCCAAAUAACUCUGACUUGCGAUCUCCCAGUCCAACCCUCAGAUCUCCAGAUUUUCCCAGCUGGUGCAGGGACAUUGCAGAAUGGCUGGGACUUGAGCCCCCAGAUCCUGAACCCCAAAACAACACCCUCACUGCAAGGCCAUCUUCCACCUGCUGGUUGCCAUCAGAGGAGGCUCGACUUAGGAAGGAGAGCAAGUCCUGGCCCAGUGCAGAGAACCAUGGCCAUGAGCAGUGUGGUGCCCCUGGUGGCUGGUGGCGUACGGCUGCACUGGCGGUGGUGGGAGCGCGGCAGCAGAAGCCUAGUGGCGGACCCAGAGACUCACCCUCCGUGUCCCCUGAUUGACCCCUUGGGUCACCUGGAGGGGGAUAAAAGGGGCAGCGCGGCUGACUGAGGGGAGACCAGCGAGAGACCAGGAGGAAGAAGUUUCAAAGAGCUGGCAAGAGCUGGGCCAGCAGGGCAGGAGCAGUUGCCCCAGAAGAGCCUGAAGGAGUGGGACCUGCAGGUGGCAGUUGGAGCCUCAGCAGCGCGGCGUGCGGCCGGCAGGAGAGGCUCCCGCUGAGCUCCAGGAUCCCCUAUGAGAGGCUGCGGCCAGCAGGAGAGGCUCCCCAGCUCCAGCAAGGAUCUGAGCAGCGACCUGAGAGGUUCCCAGCUCUGCCUCCAGCUCCUGCAAUAAGAGGCCAGGCAGCUCGUCAUGAGGCUGGGGCUCCGGGAAGGUCAAGACCCCUAGCAGCUUAGAGUAGUGCCAGCCCUGGAGGUUGUGUGGUAGGGUUUCUUCCUACCAUGUGGGAGGUCUGAGUUCAAAUCUCAGCUGGGAUGAAUGAAGUAACAGGGAGAAAUUCUUGUUGCAGUGGAAAAGGGUCUUUGUGUUCUUCCCCCUCCACGUACCUAGGCCCUAUAGUCCUUGUUAUUUGACACUUUGUAUUUUGUACCUUUUAUAUUUCCCCAACCAGUAUUGUUUGUUCUGCUGUUUGUGUUUUAUAUUUUGUUAAACCUGUCUUUUGUCAAUGAUUGUAAGUGUCUACCUUUGUUGAAUCCUGCCCCCUCGGGGAG